AUGAUCAUCAUCAUCAUCAGUGAUGGCAGUGGAGAUGAUGAGGGUGGUGGUGAUGAUGAUGAUGGUGGUGGUGAUGAUGAGGGUGGCGGUGAUGAUGAUGAUGACAAAAAGCCUUGGCAUCCACCGGGGGAAGAAGCGUUCAGGCAGCAUGUGACUGGUUGGCUCUUCUCCCACGUUGGGGACCCCUUCCUGGAUGACCCCCUGCCCCGCGAGUACGUCCUCUACCUUCGCCCCACCGGCCCCUUGGCGCAGAAGCUCUCGGACUUCUGGCAGCAGUCGAAGCAGAUCUGCGGGAAGAACAAGGCCCACAACAUCUUCCCGCACAUCACCCUCUGCCAGUUCUUCAUGUGUGAGGACAGCAAGGUAGACGCCCUGGGGGAGGCGCUGCAGGCCACGGUCAGCCGCUGGAAGUGCAAGUUCUCUGCCCCGCUGCCCCUGGAGCUCUACACCUCCUCCAACUUCAUCGGCCUCUUCGUGAAGGAAGACAGCGCGGAGGUCCUCAAGAAAUUCGCCGCCGACUUUGCUGCCGAAGCCGCAUCCAAAACUGAAGUCCAUGUGGAGCCCCACAAGAAGCAGCUGCACGUGACCCUGGCCUACCACUUUCAAGCUAGCCACUUGCCCACCCUGGAGAAGCUGGCCCAGAACAUCGACGUCAAGCUGGGCUGUGACUGGGUGGCCACCAUAUUCUCUCGGGAUAUCCGAUUCGCCAACCAUGAGACGUUACAGGUGAUCUACCCCUACACCCCUCAGAACGAUGACGAGCUCGAGCUGGUCCCCGGGGACUUCAUCUUCAUGUCCCCGAUGGAGCAGACCAGCACCAGCGAGGGCUGGAUCUACGGCACCUCCCUGACCACCGGCUGCUCCGGCCUCCUGCCUGAGAACUACAUCACCAAGGCGGACGAGUGCAGCACCUGGAUUUUCCACGGCUCUUACUCGAUCUUAAACACAGCCUCGUCCAACUCGCUCCCAUUUGGCGAUGGACUCUUAGACAGGAGGCAGUAUGAGGACCAAAGCCUGGGGGAGACCACGCCCCUUACCAUCAUCUGCCAGCCCAUGCAGCCUCUGAGAGUGAACAGCCAGCCCGGCCCCCAGAAGCGAUGCCUCUUCGUGUGUCGGCACGGGGAGCGGAUGGACGUGGUGUUUGGGAAGUACUGGCUGUCGCAGUGCUUUGAUGCCAAAGGCCGCUACAUUCGCACCAACCUGAACAUGCCUCACAGCUUACCGCAGCGCAGCGGAGGUUUCCGGGACUAUGAGAAGGACGCCCCGAUCACUGUGUUUGGAUGCAUGCAAGCCCGACUCGUGGGUGAAGCUUUGCUGGAAAGCAACACGGUGAUCGAUCACGUGUACUGCUCCCCUUCCCUGCGCUGUGUCCAGACUGCCUACAACAUCCUGAAAGGUUUACAACAAGACAAUCACCUGAAGAUCCGGGUUGAGCCUGGCUUGUUCGAGUGGACCAAGUGGGUUCCUGGGAACAGCCUGCCUGCGUGGAUUCCGCCCUCACAGCUAGCUGCCGCCAGCCUAAGCGUUGAUACAACCUACAGACCUCAUAUUCCAAUCAGCAAAUUAGUGGUUUCAGAAUCCUACGACACGUACAUUAGUAGAAGCUUCCAAGUCACAAAGGAGAUCAUCAGCGAAUGUAAAAGCAAAGGGAAUAACAUUCUGAUUGUGGCCCACGCCUCCUCCCUCGAAGCCUGCACCUGCCAGCUGCAGGGCCUGUCACCUCAGAACUCCAAGGACUUCGUGCAAAUGGUCCGAAAGAUUCCAUACCUAGGCUUUUGUUCUUGUGAAGAAUUGGGAGAAACUGGAAUAUGGCAGCUCACAGACCCUCCCAUCCUUCCCCUGACCCAUGGACCGACUGGGGGCUUCAACUGGAGAGAGACCCUGCUGCAGGAGUAAAGCCACUCGCGGUCGGAAGAGCAGAAACUCCGUGGAAAAGCGUGUUUGGAGUGUUCCGUCACCCAAAUCAUUUAGCAUAGUCUCUUUCACGCUUAAGGUUCUCCUGAGACUGUACAUGAGAAAGGCAUGCUUCAGGGGGAAAUCCUGGACGCUUGCCUAGCCAACAGAGCUUUGGAGAACUGUCUUCCUAAACCGGGGCCCCUGUUACAGCACAGGCUGCCUUCCUCCUUGCAGCUAUGCAUGGCUUCGGAGUCUCACCCCUCCCCAUGGGAGCUGUCCCCCCUCUCCACAGGGCGGGAGAGGGAGCUGACCAGGUCCAGAAUCCACACUGUGGGGAUGGGGUUUUCUUCUGAUCGCCAUUGUCUUCAAAUUAGGCAAAGCCAAGCUGGGAGAUGCUUGUAGCCUACACAGUUGUCUUUAGGUUGUGCAUCAAAUCCUACCUGCAGUAGACCCCAGACAGCAGAAUGUUCCUGAGUCAGCCUGCUGGCUCAAGACACCUGCUAAGGACUCGACAUUGACCCUGGUACCAACACACCUUUCCCAGAGCAGCUGGUCCUUCUUGCUUCUCUCUAUGAAAUGGAGAGAGAAAGCCCUUUGGCUUCCCAGAGGCAUUUUUAGAUACUCAGGAGGCUGGCAAGGUACAGGCGACAUCUUCACUGGUAGGUGCAGAAAAUCUGCAAAAUCUAUUGCGAAUUAGACUUCUCCACCUUAUAAGCCAGUGAGCAUUAGCAGCUCUGCAUCACCAUGAUUGGCCGGUCUUUGACCCCUCAACUGCCCACAGUGCUACCUGAUUGGUGAUGAGGGUGCUCUGAGAGGAGGCGGGGACAGCACCAUGUGGGAAUCAUCCAGACGCUCGCUCCACACAAUACAAAUGCUUCUCUAACGCGUACCAGGGUCAGGCUGUGGUACACACACAGUACACAGGAGCCAUCACACAGUACCCGUGAAGGCACCAACUCCUCCAGGGACCCCAGUGACGUCAGGGAGCUAAUGUCAGCAGCCACAGUUGUGACCACACUGUACUUUGGCUGUCCUCCUUUUGUCUUGUUUGUCUGUGAUAAUUUAAAGUAGAUAGGAGGUAGGACCACUUGACGGAACUGGAGGGCCACAUUCUAUCCUUACCCAUGGUCCCCACUUCCUGUAUUUAGAAGGAGGAUUAUUUAAAAGGACAAUAAAUGACAAUCAAACCAAAA